AUGAACGAGUCAGACAAUGAUGGAAAAAUCAGAGAGUCGUUUGUUAAAAUCAGUGGAACAGGAUUUGUCCUCGAUGACAAGCCUUAUUAUAUAAUUGGGGCGAAUUAUUGGCAAGCUAUGAAUCUUGGUAUGGUGAUAGGUAAUAGGUCGAGAGUUAUACAGGAUUUGGCUACUCUUAAAGAGAAUGGUGUUAACUGCGUAAGAAUUAUGGCCGGUAGUGAGGGCCCAUCUGGUGAACCUCAAAGAAUGUAUCCGGCUUUAAUGAAUUCUCCUGGUGAAUAUAACGAAGAUGUUUUCGAAGUAAUAAAUCGAAGAAAUACUGUGAACGGUAUAAUAUAUAAAGAUGAUUCGGUAAUUUUUUCCUGGGAAUUGGCAAAUGAGCCACAAGAUAUUCCCAAAGAGAAUGGGCAUGAGUAUAUGGGAAAAUGGAUAGAUUCCUCAGCAGGAUAUAUAAAAUCGUUGGAUGAGAAUCAUCUAGUCACUUCCGGAGCCGAAGGAAAACACGGUAAAGAAUGGUUUAUCACCAUGCACCGUAACUUUACAAGUGCACACGUUUGGGUAGAAAAUUGGGGAUAUUAUAAGUCCGAUGAUCCUAGUAUUGAGAAUUUUCAGAGAGCUAAUAGUUUUAUGUUAGAUUUCUUGCAAAAUGUUAGUGAUUGGUCAACAAGCAUUUUACAUAAACCUGUUUUACUUGGAGAAUACGGAAUGGCAAGGGAUGCAUGGAGUGGGGUUUCAAAAUAUUCCCCAAAGGCAACUACAACAAACAGGGAUAAAUAUUUUACUGCUAUAACAAACAAAGUACUAGAACUGGAAAAACAACAUAAAUUUACUGGACACAUGUUUUGGGCAUAUGCUGGUGUUGCUAAACCGAGUGACAAUUAUCCUCAAUGGAUCGGUGACCCACCUCAUGAGCCUCCAGGUUGGUAUUCGGUGUAUGAUACUGACAAAAAUACUUUAAAAGUUUUUGCUACGCAUGCUAAAGAG